GACGUGGAAAUGGGAGAGAUAGCCGCCAUAUGUUCAAGGAAACCUAAAACCUAAGAAGCCCCAAGUGAAAAAUCUCCGUUUCUCUGUGGAUUCGAAUGCUGUGAAUUUGUCCUCUCUUUUCUCUCUCCCCCCGCUCCAUGGAUUCGACCGAUUUGGGCUAUUCCCCUCCUCAUGAUGGCGGCUCGAAGCCUUCGUUUCAUCCUGAUUCACCCUCAGCUGAUGAUAAGGAACGAACUACACACAUAAGGUUCCUUGUGUCAAAUACUGCAGCUGGUUCAAUCAUUGGAAAGGGUGGAUCAACAAUUACUGAGUUUCAGUCCCAAUCAGGGGCUCGCAUUCAGUUGUCACGAAACCAUGAAUUUUUUCCUGGAACACCUGAUAGGAUAAUCAUGCUUUCUGGUGGAUUUAAUGAAAUAUUUAAAGCAAUGGAGUUGAUUCUUGAUAAAUUGUUGAAUGAGGAUGAAGACAAUCAUGAUGGUGAUGCCAGGACAAAAGUGAGACUUAUUGUUCCAAAUAGUUCAUGUGGUGCCAUUAUUGGAAAAGGUGGAUCUACCAUAAAGUCAUUUAUCGAAGAAUCCCAGGCUGAUAUCAAGAUAUCACCUCAAGAUAAUAAUUAUGCUGGGUUCACUGAUAGGCUAGUUACUGUGACUGGAUCUUUGGAGGAACAAAUGCGAGCAAUCUAUCUAAUAAUGUCAAAGUUAGCAGAAGAUGCUCAUUACCCACAAUCAUUGAACUCACCAUUUCCAUAUGGAGGAGUGAAUUUUUCUGGCUAUCCUGCUGCUAGUGUUGGCUACAUGAUACCUUCUGUAGCGUACAAUGCAACUAAUUAUGGACCUAAUGGCAUUGGAGGAAGGCACGCAAGUUCCAAGGGUGCAACUUCGGCCAGGUCACCUGCAGGGCCCACUGAUGCUCAAGGCAGUCCAGUGACUUUCGGCGUUGCAGAUGAACAUAUUGGAGCCGUAGUUGGUCGUGGGGGCAGAAACAUUAUGGAAAUUACUCAGAUUAGUGGUGCCAAGAUCAAAAUUUCAGAUAGAGGAGAUUUCAUGUCAGGCACUUCUGAUAGGAAAGUAACGAUUACGGGAGCUCCUGAAGCAAUUCGUACAGCUCAGGCUUUGAUAAUGCAGAGGGUUUCUGCUAAUACUGAGAGGUGAUAUUUACGGUUUGAUUCCCAUUCCACUAAGCUUCUGCCCUCAUGGGAGAUGCAUCUUGCGCCAAUUAACAUUAAUUCAGUACCAGCUUUUGGGAAGUUUCUCACGCUUGAUUUAAUGAGAUUUUGAGGAAAUUUCUGUCAGAUGAGAAAAAGACUAGCACAUUGGGUGGAAAUAUAUUGCUGAGUUUGUCCUUUUGUAGUAAUUUUGUUUUUUGAUCAGUGAGUUAGCAAGGCUUUUCGUACCGUUGGAUUAAUACGAAUUUCAAGUUCUUAAAUUCAAAUUUGUGAUCCUCUUCACAUUUCGUAGUUGAAUUUGACCUUUUUA